GGCACGGCGGCCUGCUUCCGGCGCGCCCGGUCGGGAAGCGGUUCCGGUUCCGGUUCCGGAGUGGUGGCUCUCGCUCCGCUGUUCUCUCGUCCGGGUCGGCCGUGCUCACCGAGCCAGGAUGCUGCGGAAUCUGCUGGCUCUUCGUCAAGUUACCCAGAGAACCAUCAGCACUGCUCCACGCCGGCACUGGCAAAACAAAGUUCCAGAAAAACAAAAGCUGUUUCAGGAGGAUAAUGGAAUUCCAGUGCAUCUGAAGGGCGGGAUGGCCGACGCCCUCCUGUACAGAGCCACCAUGUUCCUCACAGUUGGCGGAACAGCGUACGCCAUCUAUCAGCUGGCUGUGGCUUCCUUUCCCAAGAAGCAGAACUGACUGGAGCCCCGGCCGCGGCCCGGCCCCGCGCCCUCCAUCCCGCCGCGGACCAGCGCUGUCCUGAGUAACCCAGCUCUCCCUUGGGGAUCAAUAUUUAUUGACUUGUACUAACUACCACCACAAUAAAGCGGGCUUUACCAUG